CGCGCGUGCAAGACACAGUAUGUUGCUACUCAACGUUUAACCUUCAGGUUCGACUGGCCUCAUUCCCACCUUUUGGUUCAUUCUCUCGGGAUGGCAUCCAGAAAGCCAUACUUCGGCAAGUGCAGGAAGCUGGUACUCUCACUGGAUAUUGGGACCACCUUCAGCGGCGUGAGCUAUAGCAUCCUCGAUCCUGGAGAGAUCCCUAGAAUCAAUGGGGUCAGAAGGUUUCCUGGACAGGAGGGCACUGCUAGUGAUUCAAAGAUCCCGUCUGUUGUGUACUAUGACAAAGAAGGAGGAGUUCGUGCUUGUGGCGCGCAGGCAACACUAUCCCAUGUACUUCUCGAAGCGGAGGAUGAGAAAUGGAUUAAGGUGGAGUGGUUCAAACUCCACCUUCAGUCGCACAAUGAACUGGCAGCGUUCAGCGAUGAAGAAAUGAAGUACAACUUCAUGACGCCUGUCCCGCCCGGCAAGACAAUCAUUGACAUAUACGCUGAUUUUGUUUCGUAUUUGUACAGAUGCACCCGAUCGUAUAUUGUUGAGACGCAUGCCGGAGGAGAUGUCCUCUGGAAAUCAGUAGAGGGAAACAUUGAUUUUGUUUUUAGCCAUCCCGAUGGUUGGGGUGGCUGGCAGCAAACCAAAAUGCGCCAUGCUGCUGUGCAAGCAGGUCUCAUCCCAGACAGUUUGGAAGGCCAUGCUCGAGUCCAAUUUGUGACGGAAGGAGAAGCAAGCAUUCAUUAUUGCAUCGCCAGUGGCUUAGCCAUUGAUUCUAUCAAGGAUGACAAAACCGUCAUGAUCGUCGACGCCGGAGGAGGAACCGUGGAUAUUAAUACAUAUCAGAUAGCAAACGAUGACACACUGUCUAUGGAAGAGAUUGCUCGACCGGAAUGUAUCUUCCACGGAUCGACUAUUGUCAGCUUUCGUGCGCGGGACUUCUUAAAACUAAAGCUGUCCAAAUCCACUUUUGGCAACGAUGAGGACAUUGAAGAAAUGUUCAAGCAGUUUGACAAGUCUGCGAAGCCGACGUUCAGCAGCCCUGGUGACUCAGUCUUCAUCAAAUUUGGGUCCAUGCGGGAUAGAGAUCUCAAAGCUGGCAUCAGGAACGGGCAGCUAGCUCUGUCCGGAGACGAAGUUGCCUCAUUCUUUGAGCCAUCCAUAUCGGCUAUCAAGCAAGCUAUCAAGAGGCAGUUGGACGAGGCAGAAAAACCAGUAUCGACUGUCUUCCUUGUCGGAGGAUUUGCUGCCAGCCCUUAUUUGUUCUCUCAAUUGAAUGAAUACUGCGUAACCCUCUGUGUCGCAUUUUCAAGGCCGGACAACCAUACGCAUAAAGCAGUGGCCGAGGGCGCCAUAUCAUAUUACCUCGACCACUUUGUCUCUGCUCGUAUUGCUCGCUUUACAUACGGGACCGAUUGCGUGACUGACUAUGACGCUGCAAAUCCUGAGCACGCAAGGAGGUCUAAUAACGUUCAUUCGAAUGCCUCUGGCCGACGGGUGGUUGGUCCAUGUUUUUCAACUAUUCUCGAGAGGGGAACCAAAAUAUCCGAGGAGGCUGAGUUCGAGAAACCUUUCAUCCAAGAAUCACUGUACUCCUAUAAACUUGAUACUAUCGAAGCGGAUAUCCUCCGGUACAAGGGAUCCAUGAAGAAUCCGCGAUGGACCGACAGCGAACCCGACAUGUUUUCGAAGUUGUGCACGGUAACCGCAGACACGUCUAGCGUUCCGAAAAUGCCCGUAUUGGGAAAGACGGGCAUUUAUUAUAAGCAAAAGUAUCGUGUUGUGCUGUCGUUUGGUCUGACGGAAUUGAAGGCGCAGUUAAGUUGGAUCGAGAAUGGGGAGGAACGAAGGGGUCCUGCUACGAUUGUCUAUGACGACGAACUCGCGAUUCAGUAGUCAUGCAAUAUGAACGCACAGCGCCUAGGCUGCCGCGGAGAUGUAGUACACUGCGUUGAAAUGAUUAAGGUGGCCUUGAACAGGAGGAAAUGUAUGACUACUGACUGGGUUCAGGGGGGGUGGGUUAGCAGAACGAGGGCAAAAACGUGCUCAUGCGUAUCAUAUCUUCAUGUCUAUGUAUGCGGCUCGGUCACCACAGGAGCGACGCACUGUUUUCAGGUUCCUUUCUUCGGAUUGCGUGCCGAUGUGUCAAUGUACAUGGUAAUCCUUGUCCACAAUUAUGAGCGAAAGUUACGG